AUGCAGAAUAUUGAGGGUAAGAUCGUUGACUUAUAUAUCCCACGCAAAUGUUCAGCAACAAAGCGUCUAAUUGCAGCAAAAGAACAUGGUGCUGUACAGAUUGAUGUUGCUGUUGUUGAUGAUGAAGGUGUAGCUACAGGUCAAGUAGUGAGUUUUGCUAUUUCUGGAGCAGUGCGACAACGUGGAGAAAGUGAUGGAUGUUUAAACCGUUUGUUUCAUGAAAAACAACUUUUGAGUUUCUCAAGAUAG